GCCCCCGAUCACGAGACAUCCUUCAAUCCACAACCAAGUUGCGUUGUCAAGACCUGUUCAAUUUCUUGCGUUUGUUCGCAUUAUUUGUGAGCAAAACUUGUCUUUACCCUACUGUAAAUAUAGCUACGCAUAAAUUUAACCAUCAGGCUUUAAAAGUAUGUCAUCACGGAAGAAGGUUCUAUUAAAAGUUAUAAUCCUUGGAGAUAGUGGAGUUGGGAAGACGUCUUUAAUGAAUCAGUAUGUGAAUAAAAAGUUUAGUAAUCAAUACAAAGCUACAAUUGGAGCAGAUUUUCUUACAAAAGAGGUUAUGGUUGAUGACCGACUGGUCACAAUGCAGAUCUGGGACACAGCAGGUCAAGAACGAUUUCAGAGUUUGGGUGUUGCAUUUUAUCGUGGUGCAGAUUGCUGUGUUCUUGUCUUUGAUGUCACACAACCUAGUUCAUUCAAAACACUUGAUAGCUGGAGGGAUGAGUUUUUAAUCCAAGCUAGUCCAAGAGACCCUGAAAACUUUCCAUUUGUUGUGUUGGGAAAUAAAGUUGACUUGGAAAAUAGAGCGGUCUCAGCAAAGAGAGCUCAGGGUUGGUGUCAAUCUAAGAACAACAUUCCUUACUUUGAGACAAGUGCAAAAGAAGCCAUUAAUGUUGAACAAGCAUUCCAGACGAUUGCUAAGAAUGCAUUAGCACAAGAAACCGAGGUGGAAUUAUACAAUGACUUUCCUGACCAAAUCAAACUAGACAACAAUCCCAACAAACCACAAGGUGGUUGUGCUUGCUAAGCAUUAUGGAACGCAAUGCAAUAAAUGAUGUAUUAUUACAUAAUGUACUGGGGAAAUUAUUUAUUUGAAAUCCCUAAACUUUAAAUAAUACUGAUUUAUGGACAAAUUACUCAUGGUUGAUAGACAACUAUGACUUCAGAUUUUUUACAACUACCCUUUAGUAAUUACACACACCGACAAGUUGUUCAACUAUAAUCUAUUUUAAUUCUUACAAAUGAGAAAUUUUCCUGAAUUCCUUUUUGCCAUCUUUACCCUUUAUCCUAGGUAUAUAUAUAAAAAAGUAUAUAUGUAUCUCUGAUGUGCACAGCAUGAAAGGUUUUUCCUUACACUUUUUUGACCAAUAACAAUAAGUAGUUUAGUCUGUAUUUGGUAGAAGUAGAAUAAUCCUCAUUUUUGUGACAAGUAAUUUCAAGAAUUAUAAAACAUUUCAAGCUACUGCAA